UUCCUUCGAAGAGUGGAAACCCCGGCUGCCGCGAUGCCCCUCAACGUGAGCUUCGCCAACAGGAACUACGACCUGGACUACGACUCGGUGCAGCCCUACUUCUUUGAUGAGGAAGAGAACUUCUACCAGCAGCAGCAGCAGAGCGAGCUGCAGCCGCCGGCGCCCAGCGAGGAUAUCUGGAAGAAAUUUGAGCUGCUGCCCACCCCGCCGCUGUCCCCAAGCCGCCGCUCCGGGCUCUGCUCGCCCUCCUACAACCUGGCCUUCGCCUCCUUCUCUCCCGGGGGCGACGGCGGCGGCGGCAGUUUUUCCGACCAGUUGGAGAUGGUGACCGAGCUGCUGGGGGGAGACAUGGUGAACCAGAGUUUCAUCUGCGACCCGGACGACGAGACCUUCAUCAAGAACAUCAUCAUCCAGGACUGCAUGUGGAGCGGCUUCUCGGCCGCGGCCAAGCUGGUCUCCGAGAAGCUGGCCUCCUACCAGGCUGCGCGCAAAGACAGCGGCAGCCCGAGCCCCGCCCGCGGCCACGGCGGCUGCUCCACCUCCAGCCUGUACCUGCAAGACCUGAGCGCCGCCGCCUCCGAGUGCAUCGACCCCUCGGUGGUCUUCCCCUACCCGCUCAACGACAGCAGCUCGCCCAAGCCCUGCGCCUCGCCGGACUCCCCCGCCUUCUCCACGUCCUCCGACUCUCUGCUCUCCUCCGCCGAGUCGUCGCCACGGGCCAGCCCCGAGCCGUCCGCGCUCCACGAGGAGACACCCCCCGCGACCAGCAGCGACUCUGAGGAAGAACGAGAGGAUGAGGAGAUCGAUGUGGUUUCUGUGGAAAAGAGGCAGACCCCUGCCAAAAGGUCGGAAGCGGGGUCACCCCCCACCGGAGGCCACAGCAGACCUCCUCACAGCCCGCUGGUCCUCAAAAGAUGCCACGUCUCCACCCAUCAGCACAACUACGCGGCCCCGCCCUCCACCAGGAAGGACUACCCCGCCACCAAGAGGGCGAAGUUGGACAGUGGCAGAGUCCUGAAACAGAUCAGCAACAACCGCAGAUGUGCCAGCCCCAGAUCUUCAGACACAGAGGAGAACGACAAGAGGCGGACACACAACGUCUUGGAACGCCAGAGGAGGAAUGAGCUGAAACGGAGCUUUUUUGCGCUUCGAGACCAGAUCCCCGAGUUGGAAAACAACGAAAAGGCUCCCAAGGUGGUUAUCCUUAAGAAAGCCACAGCGUACAUCUUGUCCAUCCAGUCAGAGGAGCAGAAGCUUACUUCAGAGAAGGACUCAUUGCGAAAACGGCGGGAACAGUUGAAACACAAACUCGAGCAGCUGCGGAACUCUUGUGUGUGAGGGAGAGUGAGGGAAAAGGUUCCUUCUCACAGAACUGCAGCAAUUCAUUACGUAUGAACUUAAUCUUCAAAUGCAUGGUCAAGUGCAACCUCACAACCUUGGCUGGGUCUUGGGACUGAAAGGUUUAGCCAUAAUGUAAACUGCCUCAAAUGGAACUUUGGGCAUAAAAGAACUUUUUUUAUGCUUGCCAUCUUUUUUUUUUUUUUUUUUCCUUUGACAGAUUUGUAUUUAAGAAUUGUUUUUAAAAAAAUCUUAAGGUUUACCCAAUUUUCCUGUGUAAAUAUGGCCAUCAAAUGUAAAUAACUUUAAUAAAACGUUUAUAGCAG